AACCCUAUCCCUGUUCCCAGAAUCCCUCCUCGGUCAUUUUUUUAUUCAUUCGGUCCUCACUCCCACACUCUUCUCUCGUCUCGCAACCGACUGCCCAUCACGUCUUCCGCCACAUCCAACUUCUCUACCGCCGGCGGCUAUCGGCGGAGACGACACUUUCUUCCUGCUCUUCUGCUCUGCCUUUACCCUUUGUCCUUCUGCUUCUGCGCCUAAGAUCUGUUCGUUUAAAGGAGAAGAAUGGAGAAAAUAAUACAUUUUCUAUGAAUAAUUGUGAUGAUGAGAGUGCAGCCCGUACAAGGCCGUUUAGUUUUGAGGAGAUUAUGCAUAGAAGAAGAAACAAAGAAUUGCUUGAAAAUGUGAAAGACCCAUUCAAGGAAGCAUGGAAUAAAUCACCAAGAAGUUCUACAAGGAAAAUACCUGAUCAUAUUGAAUCUAUGAGUUAUAAACAUGAUAGAAGUCCACCCUAUAGCAGGCAAAAACAUGUUUCUGAGGAAAUAGUAAAUGCAACUUCUAGAAAGAACAUUAAGAGCACUGUUGCAAAGGAAGACGAUUUAACUGGCAAGAUAACUAAAGAAAAGUCUGGUAAAGAGAUGGCAGGAUUGAGUAAAAAUGACUAUGAAGAUGGGAUUAAGCAUCAAAGAGACUCGGUUAAUAAGGAUAGACAUGCAGAAACAAUUAAACCAAGAUCUGAAAGGAAAACAAAGAAAAAGGAUCACACUGGAGAUUUUGAGAAUAUUAAUGAGUAUCAUUUUGAAAGAAAGCAUGACAAAAGUAGAAAUGGUAGGGAGAAAUCAAGAAAACAUUUGAUUAAUGAUUCUGACAAAUUAGCUGAAAAGAAGCAUCAUAGAGAUUUGGAUAAGGGUAGGCACGGAGAGGGUAAAGCAAAACAUGAGAGAGAGGCCAAGAGAAAAUACCAAAAUCUAGAUGAUAAAUCCCUUGACAGGGAUGCAAUGGUGAAACAAGAUCUUGGCAAACAUCAUAACCAACGGAUUCAAGAGAGGAAACAAAGACGGGAAAAUGUGUCACAUCAUGAAGAAUCAACAGUAAAGAGGAGACCAUCAAGAAGUCAAGAACAUGAUAACAAAAGAAGAAGAAGAUCCCCAUCCUUUUCACCAAGGUCAGCAAAACAUACCUAUCAUGUUGAAGAACGGAAAGAGUUGCCAAUGCUUUCUCUGAAAGAUAGCUCUAGGAAAAAGCAUUCUGAUGUUUAUAGAGAUAGAGCAUCAACUAACGGCUCAAGUAGUCAUAACCAUCGGCAUGGUGCGUCAACAAGUGGACUUGGUGGCUAUUCACCAAGGAAGAGGAAAAGUGAAGCUGCUGCUAAUACUCCGUCACCAUCUAAGCAUUCAACAGAGAAGAAACGGGCAGGAUGGGAUCUUACCUCUGGUGGGGCAGAUAAUUCUCCUCAAGCUUUUGUUUCUUCUAGUUUUCAGUUAUCGAACCAUGCCAUGUUAUCAAACAUACAGAGCAUGGCUUUGGCUACUUCUGUUGAUCCGACUGUUGUCAAGCCUUUGGCAAUGAUUCUGAAUGAUGUAUCAAUAGGGAAGAAUGCCCACAUUGAUCCUGUCCAAUUGACACAAGCUACCCGACCUAUGAGAAGGCUUUAUCUUGAGAAUGUACCAACUUCAGUCACUGAGAAAGCUGUGAUGGAUAGUUUCAAUAACCUCUUGCUCUCUUCAGGUGUUAAUCAUAUCGUGCAGGCCCAACCAUGUAUCAGCUGCAUUUUGCAUAAAGAUAAAGGCCAAGCAGUUGUAGAGUUCCUGACGGCUGAGGAUGCCUCAAGGGCUCUUUCUUUUGAUGGUAGUACACUUUUCGGCUGCAGCAUGAAAAUUAGACGGCCCAAAGAUUAUGUUGAAGUUACAACUGGUGAACCAGAGAGAUCAGAUGAUACUGCUUUCGCAACAAGUGAUGUAGUGAUUGAUUCACCCAACAAGAUCUUCGUAGGUGGAAUUUCAAGUCAUGUUUCUUCAGAGAUGCUUAUGGAGAUUGCUGGUGCAUUUGGAUCUUUGAAGGCUUACCACUUUGAGACCGGGGACAACAUUGGAUCACAUGCCUUUCUCGAGUACGGGGAUCACUCUGUUACCAUCAAAGCAUGUGCGGGUCUGAAUGGUAUGAAACUAGGAGGUGAAGUGCUAACAGUUGUUCAGGCUAUGCCUGAUGCGUUGGCCAUGGAAAAUGGCGGGAAGCUACCAUCUUAUAUCAUUCCAGAGCAUGCAAAGCCACUGCUUAGAAAGCCAACACAAGUUUUAAAGAUUAAAAAUGUGUUUGCAAUGGAGUCCAUUUCAUCUCUUCCGGGCAUGGCAGUUGAAGAAAUUUUGGAGGAUGUGCGAUUGGAAUGUGCAAGAUUUGGGACUAUUAAAUCCCUUAAUGUUGUCAAGCACACCGGUGAGAUGAACUCCGAACCUAAAUCAGAAUCUGAAGUUAAAAACAAAGUGGACUUUGAAGAAGCUUUGGAAGACAGAAUGUGCAAUACUAAUGACGAAGAACCUAGCUUUUCUGAAAGGGCGACUUUACUUGAGUCCAAAGAAUCAAGUGGAAUGGACUCCUAUUAUGAGAAAGAGCUGGAAGAUAAAGUUGAUGACAAUCGCAGAGUUGGUUUAAAUGAUGAUGCUUUUGAUUAUAAAUCAUGUCUAGAACAGUGUGAAAGUGAUGUAACAACAAAGGAUACAGGGAAUAAGAGCAUACCCAGUAGUAAUACUCAAGAAUGUGCCGGUUACCUGGACACACUGGAAGAUGGACCAAAAUCACUUGAUAAUAUGGUUGCUAACAAUACUGGUUCAGAGGCCGAAACGAAGACUGUGGCUAGCAUUGUUGAUCCAAACAACAGUGUAUGUGUGGUUCAGGAAAGCUCUCCCAAACGUGAUGAGGAAGAUGAUAUUCACGACAGUGUAUUUGAACAAGGUUCUGUUCUUGUUGAGUUUGGAAGGACUGAAGCAUGUUGCUCAGUGGCACAUUGUUUACAUGGACGUCUCUUCGACGGCCGAACAGUUACAGUCGAGUAUGUUUCUCUCAAUCAAUAUAGGGCAAGGUUUAACAAAUGAGCUUCCCAGGUAAAUGGUAGUUAAUGAAUCUGAUUGACUGAGGGAGUUUGCUAUUACCAUGAAAUCUAUUGGAACAGGGUUUUCGUAUUCAAAUUAACUCUGAUGACAUCUGGUAUUCUUUUCCCAUUUGGAGUUGGAAGAGGCUUUAUUUAACAGUGCCAAUUUGAUAACACAGCAGUAGCAUGCAUGAAGUUUCCAACCAAAGCCGUUGAAUCAAUUUGAUAACAUUCUUUGUAUAUGUUUUGUUACUAACUGUCUGUUGUAUCGUAGUCAGAUUGAAAUGUGAGUUACCCUAAUUAUUCGGAUAUGGUCAUGUUCUUUCAUAAUUUUUGUUACAAAUAUACUAGGUUGCCCUUCUUUU